UUGCUGCGGGCCCUUCCUGGAUCCUAGCACGGUAUUCAAAUGGCAGCGAGGGCGGGACUUCACCUGCACCUUAUAAAGCCCGGAGCUCCGACCCGCCGCUGUUAUUUGGCCGCUAGCAGACAGACACACACACACAGAGGGACACACACACACACACAGAGAGGGACGGACACACACAGAGGCACGGACACACACAGAGGCACGGACAGGCCGCUCGUCCCUGCAGCAGCGGUGAAGGUGCGAGGGCCGCACAUCAGCAUCUGGGGUAUAAACAACAUUAAGGUGUCGCGAGGCGAUGGACGACUGACUGACAGACACGCCAGAGCCACUGACGCCGCUGUCCCGAGGAGCCGCCGCGCAUCACGUGACGAAGACUUGAUCGCCUUUGCCACCUUUCUUCUUCUUCUUCUUCUUUUGACUUUUUGGCCUCCCGCUUCCGCCAGAGGAGACGCCUUCACAGUGGAUUUCCCACCCCCACCCCCCCCUCUCUCCCCCCCCCCUCGGGUUUCUGACUAGACGCGUCCAGCUCGGGCAGGACCCGGAUCCGGCCCCCGGGGUCUCGCAGGCCAGCGCCGGCUCAGCGGGUCGGGAGUGCGUCGGCGUCUCGGGGAUGUUGAGCUCGGUGAAGAUGGAGUCUCACGAGCUGCCCGAGUGGAAUACCUUCUACAGCGAGGCCAACGAGAUGUAUUCCUCUCCCAGCACCAUGAACUCCAUGGGUUCAAUGGGAACCAUCAACAGUUACAUCAACCUGAACCCGGCCACCGGCUCCCCAGCAGGCAUGAACAUGGCCUACCCGACCUCCAGUCUCAGCGGCUCUCCGCUGGCGUCCAUGGCCCCCGGGCCCGGCCACAUGUCUCUGUCGCCCGUGACCUCCUCCCUCAACCCGGGCUCUCUCACCCAGCUGGGGUCCUCCGGCACCAGCUCCCUGGGCUCGCUGUCCCACUACCCCAACAUGAGCCAACCGAUGACCCAGCUUGGGUACCCCUCGCCGACGUCCCUCAGCCGGGCCGGGCCCAAAGAGGUGCCGAAGCCCUACCGGCGCUCGCUGACCCACGCCAAGCCGCCAUACUCCUACAUCUCCCUCAUCACCAUGGCCAUCCAGCAGAGCGGCAGCAAGAUGCUCACCCUGAACGAGAUCUACCAGUGGAUCAUGGACCUGUUCCCAUACUACCGGGAGAACCAGCAGCGCUGGCAGAACUCCAUCCGCCACUCGCUCUCGUUCAACGACUGCUUCGUCAAGGUGGCUCGCUCGCCGGACAAGCCGGGGAAAGGCUCCUACUGGGCGCUGCACCCCAACUCGGGCAACAUGUUUGAGAACGGCUGCUACCUGAGGCGCCAGAAACGCUUCAAGAUCGAGGACAAGUCAGCGAAGAAAGGGGGCAAAAACCAGGAGUCGGUUGGGGCGGCCGGCAAGGGAGGCCACGGUGGAGAGAACCUGACCGGGGAGCAUAGCCCUGCAGGAGGCUCCGAGGGGGCCGACUCGGCCCACUCCGACAACUCGCACCCCGGCUCCUCCUCGGACGACCAGCAGCACCCGCGAAGCUCCCUGGUCCCGCUGGACUGCCCCGCUAAUCUGCCGCCGCCCACAGCCUCCCACCUCCACAGCCCACCCGGCUCCCUCCCCCCACCACCCUCUUCCUCAUCUGCAUCCAUGCCGCCAUCCUCCCUGUCCCUGUCCCUCUCCUCCACUUCCUCUUCCUCCUCCAAUCCGCUCCUCCACGCUCAGUCCCUGGGAGGCGGCACCCACCUCCUGCCUGGCGCCAUGCAGCAGCACAUGGACCUGCAGAGCGAUGCCCUCAAGUCUCUGGACCCACACUACAACUUCAACCACCCAUUCUCCAUCACCAACCUCAUGUCCAAUGAGCAGAAAAUGGACCUGAAGAGCUACCAGGACCAGGUGAUGGCCUACAACAGCUACACCGGAGGCUCUCCCGUGGCGGCCAAGCAGAUCUACGACAGUCCCGGGCCGGCGGCCAUGGACUCGGGCGCUUACUACCAGACCCUGUACAGCCGCUCGGUGCUGAACGCCUCCUAAUGUGGACGUUUGACCUCCCCAAACGUUUGUCUCGUGACAUGAAAUGGAGGACAGUAAAGGCUCGGAGGACUACGUGGCUCGGUCUCUCAGCGUUCUCUGAAAUGGGCUCUUGCGAGGCCUCUCUCUCUCUCUCUCUCUCUCUCUCUCUCUCUCUCUCUCUCUCUCUCUCUCUCUCUCGCUUUCUGUCUGCGCGCUCUCUUUGUCUCUUUAUCUCACUCUCUCUCCCCCACUCUGGCACAGGUACAUCCGGCAGCCUUGGGAGGGAGCGAGAGAGACAAACACAAAAUGGCUGCUGUGUUUUAGGGCCCAAAGAACUUUUCUUUUUUUUUUUUAACAACCCUGGGUGGACGGCGAGGAGCAGGGAGGCCGUGGGACAGGAGGUCUACCACGAGCAUGGCCGA